AUGACAUGGACAUCUGCGUUCCCGAUACAAAUUCUGCUGACCGAUCAGUACGGUCGGCAGUUUUUGAUGCCAUUCUAUGCGACACAACAGCAGCAUCAGCCACAAUUGGAGCGGUCUGAUAACAUACAAAAUCCCGAGUACAGCAGCGAAUUUGGAAGACGGACUGAAGGAGGCUUCCAACCAUCUGCUGGACACUAUGGUGAAGACGAUCAGCAAAAGUACUCUUCGCAACUCAAAAGUUACGAUCAUGAUUCUUUGAAUGAUCAGCCAAGUUCUGAUGACUAUACUUAUGAUCAUCAUCAGGGUAAUGAGCAUAAUUAUGAGCAGGAUCAUAAUUAUGAUCAUGACCAUGGGUUCGAUGGUGAAAAUCAUGUCCCCGUCUCCGAGCAUGUCGAAGUUACUAAACCUGUCACUGUACCAGUUUUCAAGGAAAUCGGAGUACCAGUACCACAUGAGGUUAAGAUCCAUGUUCCACAUCCGGUGGUAGUAAAUGUGCCCCAGCCUUAUCCGGUGGGAGUACCAGUGGGCCAGCCGGUACCGAUCCAAGUUAUCAAGACGAUUGCGGUUCCAGUGGAAAAAAAAGUGCCUUAUCCAGUAGAGAAACACAUUCCGGUACCAAUCGAAAAACCCGUGCCAAUAACCGUCGAAAGACACAUUCCGGUGCCUGUUGAAAAACCAUAUCCGAUCAAAAUUCCCGUUUACAAAACGAUCCACCACCAUACCAAGUCUUAUGCCUGGAUAGGAACGUUUGCUCUGAUAGCGAUCGCAAGGGCCAGCGAUUACCAUGAGUCACAUACGUAUGAAGAAAAAAUAAAACCUGUCGAAGUUCCAGUUUACAAAAAAUAUGCAAUACCGAUACCACACCCAGUGGCAGUAAAAGUACCCCAAGAAAUAAGAAUACCAAUACCGCAGCCGUAUCAUGUGCCGAUACAAAUUCCACAGCCUUAUCCUGUUGAAGUUGUCAAACAUGUUGACGUUCCUGUUGAAAAACAUGAACCUUAUGUUGUUGAAAAAAAGGUACCCUUUAUCGUGGAGAAGCCAUAUGCAGUCUACGUGGAUAAGAAAUACCCAAUAACCGUUAACAAGCCGUAUCCUGUGUACGUUCCCAUCUACAAGCACGUGUUCCACCACAAGCAUUAA